AUGGAGCCAAAUCGUUGCUCGGUUCUAGUGGUUGAUCGUUCAUGUAUUGAACAAAAAUAUCAACCCUCAGAUUCAGUUAACUUAUGCUCUUCAAAUUCGUUCAAAGCUCCUAGCGGUGACAGGUGCACUUGCGAAGUGAACAAUAAUCAAGAUAUUGAUGCUUUGAUCAAAACAUUCUUGACAAUUUUUGCCGAAGUCAUCACUGUACCAUCCGGAACAAAAGCUUUGAGCGAAUUGAAAAAUAGAAAGGUGGGAUGUCCUCCUACUAUUAUAUUGAUAGAUAUUGAUCAUACUGAAAGUAUUAGUCGGGAUACAUAUGCAAGGAGGGAGUCAUUUUUAGCCAUGACGGAUGGCGUUUCUCUCGCUGAAAUACAUACUACAAAAGAUACUUUAUAUGGUUUAGAGUUAUUAAGGUAUAUUACUUUGGAAAUUUCAAGAGGUGCUUUGGAACAAGUAAUUCCAAUAGUUUGCUCGUUUAAUGAAAAUUCGGAAUUCAUGUUGGAUUGUUUAAAGAAAGGAGCCGCAGAUUAUUUAUUAAAGCCAAUAAGACCGGAAGUUGCAAAGACUAUGUUUUUGCAUAUACAUCGAUUAGAAUAUCCUCGUCAUUUAAUACGGAGAAGUUUAAAUUUUAGGGAAAGGCUUGAUGAGAUAUUUGUAAAGGAUAAAUGGCUAAAUGAUACCAUUAUUCAAUAUUACACGCCAUUAUCUUCAAUAGAUCUCUCAUAUUUCCCAAGAUUGAAUUCUGCUGCGGAAAUAGAGAGAACUAAUCAACUCAAAAAAAUGCUUACAGAGUGGGAAUUUGAUUCACAUAAUUUAUCUGAUGAUGAUUUAUUGAGAUGUGUCGUAAUUAUUUUUGAACACGCCAUGGAACUUGAUGAACUAAAAGAUUUGAAUGUAUCAACUGAACAAUUGCAUAGAUUUCUCUUAGCAAUUCGACAAGCAUAUCACGAUAGUAACCCGUAUCAUAAUUUCACCCAUGCUGUGGAUGUUCUUCAAGCAAUGUUUUACUUUUUAUGUGAAAUGGAUUUAAUACCAACUUUCUUCUCGGUUGGAUAUAAACGACGGGGUAAUAGUUGUAAUCAACAGCGCUAUCGUCCUAAUGAUUUGUUGAGAGAUUCUGAUGCGUUUGCAUUGUUGCUGGCUUCUAUCGGUCAUGAUGUUGGUCAUCCAGGCGUUAAUAAUGGUUUCUUGGUGAAUACUAGGACCCCAUUGGCUCAAAUAUAUAAUGACAAAUCCGUUUUAGAAAAUUUUCAUGUGAUGACUUUGUUUAAUUUAAUGCAAAAAUACGGAUUUAAAAUUUACGAUAAUUGCUUAAAAUAUUCAGAAUUUCGAAAGGUAGUCGUGAAUGCAAUUCUAGCAACAGACAUGCAAUUACAUUUCAAUUAUGUGAAAGACAUUAAGGGGCAACGGUUGAGAUUUGAAUCACCAAAUUUUGAACUUUCAAAAGUGGAAGAAGAAAAAUCUAUAAUCGUUGGAGCGUUAAUAAAAUGUGCUGAUAUUAGCAAUACAGCGAGACCAUAUCAUAUUGCUGAAUCAUGGUCUAAUGUUCUGUUGCAAGAAUGCUCAUGUCAAGGGGAUUUAGAGAGAAAACUGGGAAUACCUGUUGGCCCAUUAAAUGACAGAAAUACAUCACAAACUGAUUCUCAGAUAGAUUUCAUAAACGCAUGUGCGAUGCCGCUCUUUCAAAGCGUUAGUGAACUUAUCCCAGAAAUGAAUUUCACCGUUACUUUUCUUGAAUCAAAUCGAAAAACAUGGAGUGAUAAAAAGAAAAAUGCUGGUACGGAUAAUCGUCCAUCAAGACAUAAUAGCUCCGGUAAUGACUCUGGGGUUAUUGUGAGUUUGGACAGUCGUCAAAAUUCCCCUAUAGUUGCCGUUCCCGCUGCAAGAAUCAUGCAACAUCAAUCAUCUUUAUCAUAUUUGCGACCUAUUCCGAAUUUGCUCGAUGGUCCAGGAUCUGAGGCACAUUCAGAUGUACUUAGCACAACCGGGGCAUCCGAUGCGCCCAUAAUUCAACAAACUGGAGGGCAUUCAAGGCGAAGAUCUAUUAUUGCAACAAUGAAACAAGCACUAGCAUAUUAUGCUGUAGCAUUCAAUAAUCGUUCCAUUUGUAAAGCAUGUUUGCUUAAGGUUUUGGAUUCUUAUUUGAAUCCAUACUUUAUUACCGCAUUAUUCGUACCACCUACCAUUUACUUUCCUGAACAUCAGUUAGAGUCCUCCGGAAAAAUGUUCCAAGAAUGA